AUAUUGAGUGCAAUUGCAGUUUAGUUUCUCAUUCCAAAAGAGUUCGAGAGAGAGAGAGAGGUUCACAGAUCUAUAUAUCUCAAUAUUCUAACAUGACGAUAGUAGAGAUGAUAGUGACCAUGGAUUGUGCUGGCUGCGAGAAUAAGAUUAGGAGUUCUCUAAAAAAGCUGAAGGGAGUAGAUGCUGUAGAUGUGGACUUCAACAUGCAAAAGGUAACUGUAACGGGAUGGGCUGAUCAAGAGAAAGUUCUGAGGGCAGUGAGGAAGACUGGAAAGAGAGCUGAGCUUUGGCCUUACCCUUACAACCCUGAGUACCACAACUUUGGCCUUGACUACUAUCAACAACAUCAGCCGCUUGAUCUGAAUCAUCAUCAUAAGCAUCAUCAUAACCGUCAGAUUACCACCCACCAUCUGCCCAUCACUACCUACAUUUCAGUACCUAAAUCCUCCUCCUCAUCAUAUUCCUACAACUACUAUGAACAUGGCUCCACUAAUCAGGACACUGGCUACUAUCAACCCCCUCCUUAUUUCACCAUGUUUAAUGAGCAGGACACUGCUGUGUUCAGUGAUGACAAUCCUCAUGCUUGUUCCAUAAUGUGAAUCAAUGUGACGGUGUACCUUAAAAUAUGUACAAUUCUGGUUGUCCCGUGA